AUGUCAGACCCGGGGGACCUUCCUAAAGGAAAGCACCAGAAGUACCCACAAAGGAAACGAACCACCUUCACUGAGAAACAAUUGGCAGAUUUGCAGCACCUGUUCAGUAAGAACCCAUACCCCACCUCCAGCCUGCAGAAAGAAAUGGCCUCGAAAAUGGAGAUACAUCCAACGGUAGUGCAGGUUUGGUUUAAGAACCACAGAGCAAAACUCAAGAAAGCCAAAUACAAGCAUAUUCAGCGAAAACAACAAGAAGCCCAACAAGAACAAUUAGCGGAGGCAGGGGUCAAGACCAACGCUUCCAAGACAAAUACGGAUACACCUCCCGGAUCCCCUAAUGGUGCCUACCCUGAGUCCCUAGUUUAUACAGAUCAUCCAAUGCCUUCCUUCCAGCUCAGCAUAUGCCCCAAUUUUAAGGCUUCCACAGACCACUUUGUCGGCCACAAAAUGGUUCAUUUCGGCUGCUGCCAAGACCCUAACGUAUACUGUCUCUAUCCCGUUUUGGAAUCCCAAGUCCUUUCCACAAGCGUCAACGCUAAUUCUGUCUGCUCCUCAUCUCCACACAGAAUGUGUGAGUGA